ACCCAUCUGGGUCUGUCUUGUUGGUUUCAGAAGGGACUGGGACCAAAGGAAUCAAAAUGGGGAAGGCGGAUAAGUAUGAGAUGUACUCCGUGGAAAUGGAGAGAGACUCUGGUGGGGACAUGGACGUUAAGAUCAAGAAGAAGAAGAAAGGGGAGAAAAAGAAAGAGAAGCUGGAGAGUAUGAAGAAAGAGAUGGAUGUGGAUGAUCACCAGUUGACAGUGGAAGAGUUGGAAAUGAAGUAUCAGACCAACAUCAACAAGGGUCUGACCAGCACUGUGGCAGGAGAGGUCUUUCUUCGUGAUGGCCCCAACGAGCUGAAACCCCCCAAGGGCACCCCCGAGUACGUGAAGUUUGCCCGUCAACUGGCAGGAGGACUGCAGUGUCUCAUGUGGGUGGCAGCUGUCAUCUGCCUCAUUGCCUUUGGCAUCGAAUACGGACAAGGCAAUCCGACCAGCGAGGACAAUCUUUACUUGGCUGUUGCCCUCAUUGCUGUGGUGGUUGUGACUGGUUGCUUUGGCUACUAUCAGGAAUUCAAAAGCACCAACAUUAUUGCCAGCUUCAAGAAUCUAGUGCCACAGCAAGCCACGGUGGUUCGAGACGGUGACAAGUUCCAGAUCAAUGCCAAUCAGCUGGUGGUGGGUGACCUGGUGGAGAUCAAAGGGGGAGACCGAGUCCCAGCAGAUAUCAGGAUCAUCACCGCGCAGGGGUGCAAGGUGGAUAAUUCCUCUUUGACGGGAGAAUCUGAGCCCCAGGCAAGAACCCCGGAAUAUACCCACGAGAGCCCUCUGGAAACAAGAAACAUUGCCUUCUUCUCCACUAUGUGCUUAGAAGGCACGGCCACCGGCAUCAUCAUUAACACCGGGGACCGCACCAUCAUCGGGCGCAUCGCCAGCUUGGCCUCGGGCGUGGAGAACGAGAAAACACCCAUCGCCAUUGAAAUAGAGCACUUUGUCGACAUCAUCGCUGGCUUGGCCAUCUUCUUUGGCGCCACCUUCUUUGUGGUCGCCAUGGUGAUUGGCUACCCCUUCCUCAAGGCCAUGGUCUUCUUCAUGGCCAUUGUAGUGGCUUAUGUCCCUGAGGGCCUUCUGGCAACUGUCACUGUCUGUCUUUCCCUCACAGCCAAACGCUUAGCCAGGAAGAACUGUGUGGUAAAGAAUCUGGAGGCCGUAGAGACACUGGGCUCUACUUCUGUCAUUUGCUCUGAUAAAACAGGGACUCUCACACAGAACCGCAUGACGGUCUCCCAUCUUUGGUUUGACAACCAAAUCCACACCGCAGACACCACCGAAGACCAAUCAGGGCAGAGUUUUGAUCAGUCAUCAGAGACAUGGAGAGCACUAUGCAAAGUGGUGAGCCUCUGCAAUCGUGCCUUUUUCAAAUCGGGCCAGGAUACCGUACCCGUGCCAAAGCGAAUUGUGAUUGGAGACGCUUCAGAGACUGCCCUGCUGAAAUUCUCCGAGAUCACCCUGGGCAAUGUGAUGGAGUAUCGGGAACGCUACAAGAAAGUCUGCGAGAUCCCCUUCAAUUCUACCAACAAGUUCCAGCUGUCUGUCCACGAGUUAGAAGACACUCGAGACCAGCGCCACCUGCUGGUGAUGAAAGGUGCUCCCGAACGCAUCCUGGAACGUUGUUCCACCAUCAUGAUCAAGGGUCAAGAAUUGCCCCUCGAUGAACAAUGGAAGGAAGCUUUCCAAACGGCCUAUAUGGAUCUUGGAGGACUGGGCGAACGUGUACUGGGAUUCUGUCACAUAUACCUUCCCCAGAACGAGUUCCCACGUGGCUACACCUUUGACAGUGAUGAAAUGAACUUCCCCACGAGUGGGCUCUGCUUUGCAGGUCUCAUCUCCAUGAUUGAUCCACCCAGAGCUACCGUGCCUGAUGCUGUCAUGAAAUGCCGCACUGCGGGCAUCCGGGUAAUCAUGGUAACAGGAGACCACCCCAUCACUGCCAAGGCCAUUGCUGCCAGCGUGGGCAUCAUCUCGGAGGGCAGCGAAACAGUUGAAGAUAUUGCCACCCGCCUGCGUAUCCCCGUAGAGAAGGUCAACAAGCGGGAUGCCCGGGCAUGUGUGGUCAAUGGAGGCCAGCUGAAAGAUAUGGAGACCGAGGAACUGGUGGAGAUCCUCAAGAUGCAUCCAGAGAUGGUCUUUGCUCGCACUUCUCCACAGCAGAAACUGAUCAUUGUAGAAAGCUGCCAGAAAUUGGGUUCAAUCGUGGCAGUAACGGGAGACGGGGUGAACGAUUCCCCAGCGCUAAAGAAGGCUGAUAUCGGUGUGGCGAUGGGCAUUGCUGGAUCGGACGCAGCCAAGAACGCCGCCGACAUGAUCUUGCUGGAUGACAACUUUGCCUCCAUCGUCACUGGCGUUGAGCAGGGGCGCCUGAUCUUUGACAAUCUCAAGAAAUCCAUCGCCUACACCCUGACCAAGAACAUUCCAGAACUGACACCCUACCUAAUCUACAUCACUGUCAGCGUCCCACUUCCCCUUGGCUGCAUCACCAUCCUCUUUAUUGAACUGUGCACAGACAUUUUCCCCUCGGUUUCCCUGGCCUACGAGAGAGCCGAGAGCGACAUCAUGCACCUGAAGCCGCGCAACCCUCGACGGGACCGUCUAGUCAAUGAAGCGCUGGCCGUCUACUCGUAUUUCCAGAUUGGAGCCAUCCAGUCCUUUGCGGGCUUCACCGACUACUUCACCGCCAUGGCCCAAGAGGGCUGGUACCCACUGAAGUGUGUGGGUCUUCGGGCUGCCUGGGAAAACGACCAUCUCCAAGAUGUCGAGGAUAGCUACGGGCAAGAGUGGACCUUUGGGCAGCGCCUGUAUCAGGAGUAUACAUGCUACACCGUCUUCUUCAUCAGCAUUGAGAUGUGCCAGAUUGCUGACGUCCUCAUUCGGAAGACCCGGCGUCUCUCCGUCUUUCAGCAAGGGUUCUUCCGAAACAAAGUCCUGGUGAUCGCAAUCGUGUUUCAGCUCUGCGUGGGAUCCUUCCUCUGCUACUGCCCAGGGAUGCCCAAUAUCUUCAACUUCAUGCCCAUACGAUUCCAGUGGUGGCUAGUGCCGCUACCCUUUGGCAUCCUUAUCUUCGUUUACGAUGAAAUCCGAAAGCUGGGCAUCCGGAGACACCCUGGAAGUUGGUGGGACAAAGAACUUUACUACUAAAGAUGGAGAUUUUGGGACAGUGCUUCCCCCCACCCCACCCCUGCUUGUGCUGUCUACAUUGCUCCCUGGGGAUGCGAGGAACCAGUGAGAAGGCAUCAAGGAUUCCUUUCCAUCAACUGUAUCGCUGAACCAAGCCUGCUGUAGUUUCCACACCUCUCCAGACAAAAGCUUCAUCCCCCACUGGGCCCACUCCAGCUACUUUGGGGCAAAUAACUAGCCCUCCAUCAAAAAAGACUAUUUGAGGCUGCUGUUGUACAAAGGCAGAAGGAAAGGGAACGGGCCGGUUUAGAUGCCGAGAUCAGAAAUGAAUUCUGCAUUAUAAAAAAAAAUAGCGCCCUUUUUUUUAAUGGUUCUAGCCCUAAAGGCUGCAAAGAUAAACCUUGAAGGCAUGUGAACACCAAACAAAUCUAAACAAGGUGGAG